AUGUUCAUUUACCCGAUAACAAAACUAUACCUUAUAUGCAGUUUUGUAUCAAUUGGAAGUUUAGCGUAUGGGUAUAAUUCUGGAGCUCUUAUUGCUGUCAACGUAUUGGACAAACGUGAUUCGGGCUAUCAGAACACUAAAGUUGAAGAUAACGUCUUGUUGGUCGUACCACUUGCUUUGUCUUGUCUUGGAGCACUGUGUUCUGGAUUGGUGGCAGAUUUCAUUGGGCGUAAACGAUCUUUUGGAGUAGCUGCCAUGCUGGAUUUGAUUGGUUCACUGAUACAGCUUCUAGCAAGAAAAUAUUGGGAAUUUUUGCUAGGAAGAUUGAUUGCAAGCUUUUCUGUUGGAGGGAGAUACUUGAAAAGUAACGCAAGGCUUAUAACACUGCAUCAGUUGGGGAUCACGUUGGGAUUCAGUGUUGCCUUUUGGAUUGGGUAUGCCUUGCACAAAUACACGUUUGAUAAAGCUUGGAGAAUAUCUAUCGGUUUACAGAUCGUUCCAGCCGUAGUUUUACUUGCCGGUCUAUUAUUUAUACCCGAAAGCCCUCGUUGGUUACUAUGUCAUGACCGAAAAGACGAAGGGUUUGGUAUAUUAACAGAUCUGCGAUGCGCAAAGGACGAGCCUAUUAAAGACACAGUGCGGAUGGAGUACACUCGGAUCCUUGAGAAUGUAGGCUAUGAUCGACAAUGUGAUGCACAAGGAGUAGGUGGAUUGUGGUCCAAAGGUAUCGAGAACAAUGCAAGGCGCACUCUUUUGGGUACUAGUAUACAAUCCGCCAGCCAGCUUAGUGGUAUCUCUGCUCUACAGACUUAUCUUCCACAGCUUGCUGGGCCUGUUUUAGGCACCAAAAGAGUCUCGGCUUUGUUAUUCCUAAGUAUUGGAAGUACAAUUAGCCUGAUAUUUACUAUCCUAGUCGAUCGGCUCAACAGACGCAAGAUCUUAAUCUGUGGUGGUCUGGGUAUGGGUGUGUGUAUGAUUGUGAUUGUUAUCAUCACCGGACUACAGACCGAAAUUACCGACAAGAAUACAGACUCCGAGAGUCUAGGCGCCUUACUUGGAUUCAACAUGUCGUCUAUUAAUCGCAAGCCAUCUAUUGCCAUAGUUAGUCUGAUAUUUGGCUUUAUGGCCAUCCACUCUGCAAGUUUUGGGACACUUGCCUGGGUCUACCCUGCAGAAAUCUACACUCAACUCAUCCGAGCAAAGGCAAUUGGUAUCACAGUAGCAGCAAAUUUCUGUGUUCAGAUAUUUAUUGUAGAGAUCGCUCCGUUAAUGUUUCUCAACAUCUUGUGGGGAACAUACAUCAUCUUUGGCUGUCUUUGCUUCUUGAUAUCUAUACUUAUUUACUACUAUUAUCCCGAAACAAAGGGACGCUCUUUGGAAGAAAUCCACCUGAUAUUUAGUGGAGCUUUGUUUAAUCAGCGGGCAGAGGCACAUCAUCCAUCAACCGCAGCCGAGACACUUUUUCAGAUGGCCAAAAUUAGCAUUGAAGAAUCCGAAUCCGAAUUCGAAUCAAAAGAAAAAGACAAACCACGAUCAAUUUCAGACUUGGAAUCAACUUCAGAGUCACUUAUGCCUCCCAUUUGUGGUUUAUCUCGUCGGAAGACAGCUCCAGCUGUGAUGCUGACUAGAUUUCCGGAUUCUGCUUUGUUGAGAACCAAAAAUCUCAGGCGGCAGCAAAACAUAAACAUAAACAACAAUAACAAUAGUAAGGAAGAGUCAAGUCUAUCGAUACGCUCAAAUCCAAUCCGUAGAACGAGGAAAAUCAGUCCUUAUCUUUCGAUAGAUAUCCCAUAA